AUGAAACGAACUCAAUUAGUUGGGUUCUGCUUUCUUGCCAUACACUUUCAGAUCAUCUUAUCACAAAGUCCAAUGCAGUACAACAUUUUAAAUCGACAAUUGCCAGAAGUCAUUGAAGCACUAAAACAUUACGUCGUCCAGCCUACUCUACCACCGAUCGUUGAAGCACCAUGCGAUGCUCAUAUACCUCUACCACUUCCGUCACCAUCAUCCACCACUAUCAUCACGGAUUGUUCACCAACAGCCUGCAAAAACUUAGCAAACACUCUACAAUUGAUGAUCGUUUGCAAUUUACUGCAAAAUACCAAUGGUGGAUCGGAACUUGCAUUGCAAUUAGCUAGUCCAAUUAUAAACGAACUAUUCACAUCUCCAGUAUUGUCUUGUGGUUGUGCAAAUCCGUUCGCAACUAACGUCGUUUCUCCUAGAGUAGUUUCUCCUACAGUAAUUCCGCCUAGUGUUGUUACUCCUACUAACGUCAUUUCAGAACUUACUAACCCUGUUUCACCUGUAUCACCGUUUUUACUUUCGGGUAAUUUGUUGCAGAGUCUAUUGUCAAUUAAGUGA